UUUUGUUGUGAAGCGUUUCGAAAAAUUUUCUAGUGAUCAAGAGUUUUUGAUUUAGCCGUCCAAUUCCAGUAUUCAGUAGCCCGUAAGAUAUACGUCGGAUUUCGGAGGAAAUCCCCAUCGGCAGGAAAAGUAAACACCGAAGAUUUUGUGGGCCGUGGUCUUGGAGGCUUCCGUGUAAAAAGUGGACUUCCGCGGAAAAAAGUGUAGUUUGUAUGCUUCUUUUUGCUAGUAGCCGGCAAAAAAAGUUUAAGUUCGCGUUUUGUUUUUGUCGCGACCUUAAUUUACAUUCCACUGAAGAGCUCAAGCGACGAUCCACGAUGACGUCAAUAAGUAAUUCCCCAGAGAUUCAAAUAAGACAACGGGAGGCGCGGCGCUUGAUUUGCACAGAAAAGAAAUGGACAAAGCGCGUCGUGGAACGAUAUAAAUAUCCGUACGCGACUGGGAUUAGUGUAGUAACAUAGUCAACAUGUCGGCAAUAAUAGCGGUAACAUUUCUCUUCCUACUAGGAGGUACAUCCUCACUCGGAUAUCGAUAUCAGCGGAUAUCGCCAGUGUCACAGCCAAUCGCUGCCUACAAUCAACCAGUAGCUUUUAACCAACCAGUUUCCAUUGAUCGGCAUCCUCAAAACCUUGGAAGAGUUGUUUAUGUGUCGGGACAAUGUGGAUGUUCACCAGGCCGACCAGGUCCACCAGGGCCACCGGGUCCAAAAGGAGAACCGGGCCACGAUGGGCGACCUGGUUUCGAUGGAGAAUCAGGACGACCAGGAAAGCGUGGGCCGCCAGGAAGUAUAGGACCCAGGGGACCACCAGGCCCAAAAGGCGAAACUGGACCAACAGGUCCUCGAGGCGAACAAGGUGACCCUGGACAUCCUGGCUAUCAAGGUGAGCCAGGAUUACCGGGUGAAUCAGGCCGACAGGGGCCAAUAGGACCAAUAGGACCACCUGGUCGCCCAGGUCCAUCAGCACAGUGGCGUCCCCCUCGUUUCGGAUAUGGACGCAAUGACUAUGAAGAAGAUAGCGACGAUGACUAUGACGAGGAAUAUGAGAAUGAAGAACCAACAGUUCGUGAAAGUCCCAGAAAGCCUCGGAAAAAUAAAUCAAAGAGAAAUGUGCGCGUACGAUCAGAAGAAAUGAGGUUCAAAGUCGGAUUACUGUUAGUGCUUGGUGUCUUACAACUACCGAGUGUGCCAUGCGAAUUGCUCAGAAGAAAACAUCCAACGUAUGAAUCACAUCAUAACAAACAUGGAGAACAUAACCACACGCAUCCUUUAUAUGGACAAAGUGCUGCUGUCACCGGUGCAGCACCCGGUCCAGCAUACCCGCCAUAUCAUCCAGGACAAGGAGUGAGUGGAUCACAACCCGGUGGAAUAUUUGCUGCCCAACAAAUUAUUCAUCAUCCAUCAGAUGGUAGACCCACCGAGGGUCAAGGACAAGGAAUCUUUGCAUCACAAGUGAUUGUAUCGGGAUCGCAGUUUUACCCAGGUUCUUCUCAUAUUCUACCAGCCUAUCCACCGUAUCAUCCUCCAUACCAUCCGCCGUAUCCAUACCCAGGACUACCAGGAUUACCGGGACCCCAGGGAGUUCAAGGAAUACCAGGAGCAAUAGGCCCACCAGGACCUCAAGGUGAAAAGGGAGACAAAGGAGAUCGUGGACCACUUGGAAGCACCGGAUUCCCCGGAAAGCCUGGGGCACAAGGACCUAUAGGACCUCCAGGUAUACCAGGAUCAAGUACGGGAGAACAGGGCCCGCCUGGACCUAUAGGCCCUCAAGGACCACCAGGUGAAGUAGGCCCUCCAGGUCCUUCUGGCGCUGGAUAUCCAGGGCAAACAGGCCCAGCAGGGCUUCCAGGUCCAACAGGCCCAACAGGUCCACAAGGCCCUCCAGGUGAAGGACAACCUGGGCCUGUUGGUCCUAUAGGACCUCCCGGUCCAAUCGGGCCUGAAGGUGCAAAUGGCUCUCCAGGAGAACCAGGACCACCCGGACCAGAAGGACCUCCAGGAGCGCCAACAAAACCAGGGCAUCAUUGGAAACCAGAAAAACCAAAUAAGCCAGAAAAGCCAACAAAACCCACCAAGGCUCCAAAACCUGAAAAGCCAACAAGACCUACACGGCCGCCAAGACCAUCGCGACCACCACGACCCCCUCGACCUACUCGACCAACACGACCACCUAAACCAAUUGAUUCAGAAGAAGAACUUUACGAAAUUCAUUACCCACUCUUUCCAGGCUUCCCAGUCUAUAUUCCCCACCCAGGUCUCAACCCGUGCAGUAAGUGUCCAACGCAACAACCAAACCCUGUGCCACCAACUCUACUUCCACCAACCGGAACCACAUCAACCGAAUUGCUGCCAACACAAUCUCCCCAAACUCAGCCUCCGACAACACAAUUUCCUCCAACUGAACCUCCACCCUCUCAACCUCCACCUACUCAAUCCGCAUCAACACCAUCGUUGCCAACUCAACCGACGCUAAUUCCAUCUCCUGGUAUUCAACAACCAGCACCACACCCACCUUUAGGGAUUAUAGAGCCUGAAACUCCAACAGCGGUUGAAACAAAUCCUACAGAAGUCGAGUUUCCGUCUGAUUUGGAAACAGAAUAUCCAUGGGAUAUUCGAACUACUGAAGUUGAAAACUCACCAACCCCUCCACAUCCUGCUCCCACAUCACCCUAUCCACUGACAUCUCCUUACCCAGAACCAUCAUCCCCCGAUUGUAAUGAUUCUUGUGACAAAAAGCUGGACCCAGUAUGUGCUACAGACAACCAAUCUAUACAACUUUUCAAUAAUGAGUGUGAACUGGAGUAUUACAUGUGCCAAAUGAAAACAAAGUGGAAGAAGGUGGACUUACACAAAUGCCGUUAUUUCAAACCCAAAGUGGAUAAUGAAUACGAUGAAGGUUACGAUAAGGAGAUGAACAGUAUUCACAUGGAAGAAAGAAGAUAUGCAAAUUUUUGGCCUCAAAAACCACAAAAGCAGCCGCCAAAACCUUUAAUAUUGGCAAUAUUGAAACCAGCGGAUAGUGCCGAAAUUAUAAGUGACGAAGAGAAACCGUAUAUCGUGGAAGGCUCACUUUUUCCAAGGGAACAGCAACCAUCAUUUAUGAACGAAAAGCAGCACGCAUUGCCGAAGCAAGGAGUUGACAUCAAUGAGGGAGGAAUGUCAGCAGAGUCUUCAAGCGAAUUGGAAGUUACAGACCAAGAUAUUCAACGCGAGAGUCCAACAACUGUUCAACAGGAAUCAUCCCUUAUGGCAAAUUCAGCAGUAAAGGACGAUGAGAAAAAAAAUGAGCCAGGUCAAGGAAAUAAAAUUACCACUAAGUUGAGGGCGAAAAACAAAAACCGAAAACUAGAGAGCACCGUUUAUCUUGUAUAGGUUCAUAACUUUUUAAAAGCAAUAAAUUCUUAAUAAAAUAUAUUCUAAGACUGUA